AUGACUGUCUGUGGCUUCUACCAGCGGAAUGCAUGUAAAUUUGGUGAUUCCUGCAAAUUCGAGCACCCUGGAAGUUCGCGAGAUGCAGCUCGAGGCGGAGGCGGAGGUGGAGGCGGCUUCGGCGGAAGUUCCAACCGCUUCGGUGCUUUCAACGGCGACCGCUAUCGCCCAAGUGAUAACAGCGGGACUAACUCAUUUGGUGGAAACCGUGAUCAAAAAUCAUCGACCUUCAGCUUAGACAAGGACGCUAUUCAGAUCGAUCUCGCCAAAGAGCGCCCGAUCUAUCCGCUUUCAUGCUACGGUCCAGGAAAAGAUGCUCCACGGCAGCUCAUCGAGGGGCCUGUCGAGAUCAGUCCAGAGGAGCUUCGAUCCCGGUACUACACAUUACGAGCGGCGGGCAAUGAGCCUACAGCGCAACAAGAAGAGGGAGCACUGAGCGAGAAGAUGCAGCAGCAAGUAAAAGCGAUUUUGGAUGAUAUCACAGGUGCUAUCAACUAUGUCGCAGAGGGUGCCAACGUUCAUCCCAACCGCAUCGACAUCGCCAAGGGCACUGCAGCAAGCGGAUCAGCAAGCAACCCGACUGGGUCCUCUAAUAAUGCUGCGAAUCCUUUCAUGAAAGCACCAGCGAAUCCGUUCCAGACUGCUGCAGCUUCAUCUCAACCAUCCGCGUUCGGGCAGGCUUCUACACCAGGAUUCGGCAAACCGGCCUUCGGUCAACCAGCACAGACAGCGUCCGCGUUCGGUCAACCUUCAAAUCCAGGUCAGACAGCAUCGGCCUUCGGUGCAGCCUCUGGUUUAGGUCAGAAACCAUCACCUUUUGGCCAAUCUUCAGCGUUGGGUGGCGGACAAGCAUCAACUCCAGGCCAGACGUCGCCCUUUGGUGCAGCUUCUGCUUUAGGCCAGAAACCAUCCCCCUUCGGCCAACCGUCAGCAUUGGGUGGUGGUGGGAGUGCGUUUGGGAAGCCUGCUUUUGGUGCCUCAGGAUUCGGCCAACCGUCCAUGCCGGGCGCAGGAAGUGCAUUCGGACAGGCCAGCAGUAUGGGUCAAGGUUCUGGAUCUGCUUUCGGCCAGCCAUCAGCUCCUGGUGCAGGAAGCGCAUUCGGACAGGCCAGCAGUAUGGGCCAAAGCUCUGGAUCUGCUUUCGGCCAGCCAUCAGCACCAGGUGCGGCGUCGGGUUUCGGCCAAGCAAACGCUCUUGGACAAAAGCCAAGCCCAUUCAGUAAACCAGGUUUUGGACAGAGUGGAUUUGGACAGGCGGCUCAACCAGGUGCCAAUGCUUCUCCUUUCAGCCAGCAAGCUUCGUCUGGCGCGUCACCAUUUAGUCAGCAAGCCUCGUCAGGUCCAUCUCCCUUCGGCCACAAAGCACAGCAACCAAGCCAGUCUUCACCAUUCAGUCAAGCAGCCCAGCAACCAGCUCAACCUUCACCGUUUAGCCAGCAAGCUCAACAGACGCAGAAGCCGAAUCCGUUCGGUCAGCCUCAGCAGCCGUCUACACAAGCACCUGUACCUGCACCUGCACAGGCAAACCCUUUCGGUGGCGCCGCAGCGUCUCAAGCUCCGGCCUUCGGUCAACCAAGCAAACCGUCACCUUUCGGCACCCAACAGCCUCAAAACAACGCAACGCAGCCGGCAGCUGCCAACCCCUUCCUCAAGCCUCAAACAUCUGCCGCGCCAGCAGACUCCACGCCUUCACCUUCUCCGUUCACCACCCAGACACAGAGCCAGCCUGGUAACCCUCCCGCCCCCGUCCAGGCUACCUCUCAGCCGGCUUCAAUAGCACAGACUAGCUCAGCACCGCGCCCCCAUGUUGAAGGUGUUACACCAGAUGGCAAGCCCAUCGAUCCCAAGGACCGUUACAAGGAGGGCAAACCAGAAGAGUAUGAGGGCGAGCAGGGUAGGAUUCUAGAGGAGAUCUACAAACGUGUUGCUCAGCUCGGGCGAUUCAACGAUGACGAAGACAUACCCGUCGCACCACCGAAGUGCGAGUGGAUCGCGCCGCUUACGCUGUUGUGA